AAAGGCUUCCGAAGGGUACGGGAGGUAAAUGCUGGCCGAAGGCACUGGAGGUGCACUGUUUAUGAGGUUCGGACGAGGACAGUGAAGAAGAACAUUGUCCAGUAAUGGUAGAGGAGGAUUUCAGUGGUGAGCGCAGCUGAGAAGACCUGGAUGAAGACCUUGUAGUUCUUUGAUGUGAAAGGGUAUUUUUAGGCAAGUAAUGCCAAAAAUAAGAAUGGAGGACUUGAUCCCAAAGAGACCGGCACUCCUUUCCUGCGGCCUCCCCCUUUCUCAUACCAAUAUUCAUAACGGCUGUCUCAAUAACAACAACAGAGAGGUACAAAAUGAUUCAAAUCUCAAAAGCCUGCAGCAGAACCAGGACCCAGAGACCACCUCCAAGCCAGAUGACCAGAAUAAGCAGACAGCACAGGUACUAAGCCUGGCCAAGGACGUGUCCCAGGUGUCGCUGGAUGCCGAGGGGGCCUUACCAGUCUAUCAGGAGUGGCACCUGGAAGUUCUGGAGAGAAACAGUGCUAAGAAGAGCUCUCCAGGUGGUCCAGGUGGCAUGGUGUCCAGGAGGACAGUGUUUGAGAAAUGGACUGACAAAGAAAAGGAGGCUCAGAGGCCCUCGACCAAGCGUCAGUUGUCAGCGGAGAGUGCGACACACACUAUAAGAGUGGUGAAGAAGGCCACGAUCGGCAAAGAGGAGCAUACACCCCGACAGGUCGAGGCUAAACUCCAGGACCCCCCUACUGCUGGUAUUUGUGGCUCCCCCAUGGUGGGUGGCCAAAGGAGAAAGAAGCGCAAGGACUUGUUCUCCAGCACAGAGAUCUUUCGGGAAGUGGACACCCUUACCAUCAACACAGGCAAAGAACUGAGGGCUCAGAGGGUCUCCUCUGUACCGCCCAUCGCCAAGGCCAUCACCCGGGGAUCAUGGAGCAAGCUGGAGAACCUACGUGCAAUCUGGGUGUGGCUGUGCCACAACAUCGAGUACGACCUGAGUGGCUACCUGGGCUUGUCGGAGAAGCUGUGCUCCCCGGAGCAGGUCAUUGAAGCAGGCCGCGGCGUUUGCUGUGGAUAUUCCAGGAUCUGCCUGGAAAUGUGCAGGGAGGUUGGAAUUGAGUGCCAUGAGGUGUCAGGUCACGGCAAAGGCAUUGGGUACCAGCAAGGUCAGAGCUUCAAGAACAUCAAGUCCAAUCACAUGUGGAAUGCAGUUGAGCUGGGCGGGUGUUGGUACCUUUUAGAUGCCUGCUGGGGGGCUGGGAAGGUGGACAUGGAGAAUAAAACUUACAGGAAGAGGUUCGAUGACUUCUACUUCCUGACAGAUCCUGAGGACUUCAUUGAUUCCCACUAUCCUGAUGACCCAAAAUGGCAGCUCUUGGAGUGUCCGAUUCCCUUGAAAGAGUUUGAAACGCGGGUUUUUAAGACAUCUGAGUUCUACGGCUUGGGCCUGAAACUCCAGCAUCCCACACAUUUUCAUCUGGUUACAGAAAGAGGAGAGGCUACUGUGUCACUUUCUUCCUCCUCGCCAGCAGAGUUCACCUACCAAAUCUCCCAGAAGGGCGAUGGGGAGUUCAAGGACAUAAGCAGUUCUUUCGGCCUGCUGACAGCCAAUCCGCUGGGCAUGAAUUUGCGGCUGCUGCCUCCUACACAUGGCACGUAUGACAUCAUGGUGUUUGCCCGACCGGCCAACUCUACAGACUUGUUUCGCUGGGUCUGCUCCUUUUUACUGGAAUGCCCUGAGCCCAGAGCCUCAGAAGAACUUCCAGAGAAUCCGUUUGUUUUCUGGGGCUUGCAGCCCAAUGCUAGCAGCCUGGGCCUCGAGCCCUGCAGCCACGGGGCAGAGCCAAUACUGGUGGAGGCUGGGUCACUGGAGCUCCAGCUGAAGACCAGCAGACCACUCAUGAUGAUCUCUGAGCUUAGCCACAGGGAGCUGGAUCCAGCUCUAGCCAAGUGCUGCACAGCAAACCAAAUUGAGUCAGACCAACUCACCUGCUACGUCCUCUGCCCGUACCGUGGAUUCUACCGGCUCUCGUUGUUCAUCAGGGACUACGAGCAAUCUGAUGAAUGCUUUCAGAAUGCUGGAAACUUUCUAUUGCUUUGCCAGAGGGAUCCUGUCAACCUCAACCAGCUCUUUCCCACAAACCUCAGCUCCUCCUGUGGGCCUGGUAUCCGGACGGCUAGUGCCGGCCUCUCCAAGUUCAGCCACCCAAAGGCAAUUAUUAACAUGCAGCAGGGCAAGUGUAACAUCACGUUCCAUAAUUCUCAGGACUUAGACCUGCACGCCGUACUGUCCAAGGAGCCGCAAAAAAUAGCCGAUCGCUCCCUUGGCCGACAUGUCCUCCUCACGUAUGUCGACUCUAAAGUGACGCUCAGCGUUACGCUGCCCGAAGCUGGCGUCUACAGAUUAGGGCUGUACGGAAAGACCACACCUGGCCAGGAGUUCAGUCCCCUGUGCGACUUCAUCCUACGCGGCCCCUCAGUGACUAGCUGGCCACCUUUCCCCUACAUCUACACAGCUUGGCAGAGAGGCUGCGUGCUGUUCGAGCCUCGAAGCGGCCUGCUGCAACCUCAGUCCUACGUACGCUUCCGUGUGCGUGUCCCCGGGGCCAGGAAGGUGAUCGUGGCGGCGGAGGAGCAGACCAACCUGCAGCUGAACAAAAGCAAGGUGUGGGAGGGCGAGGUGUUCACCGGCGUCUCCGGGUCCCAGCUGAAACUGGCCAGCAGCGUAGACGGAGAAGCCACUCAAAUGGCUGUCUUGAUGUCCUUUGACGUUCUGAGCCACCCGCAGGAGGAGUGAACAUCCGACCUUACUGCGUUCCCAUUUAUUCAGCUUGCAGGAAACCAUUUUAACAACCUAGUCGUAGACGUAAUUUUUCUGUCUUUGCAGCAGAUAUUUCCACUAUAGCAAAACGUGUCCUCACGACGUGACCCCCCGCAGUGUCGUACCCUAUGUUGUUUUGCAGAUGUGACGUUCAUCUGUUACCAUGUCUCCCUAUAAGAUAAUUAACCUCUGCACAUGUUUGCUGGAGCUGUAGAGGAAUGCAUUUUAACUCAAACUGAUGGUUACAAAACAGUGUUUUUAUGUUUUUACUUAAAACAGGUUUUCAUGAGGAUAAAAUAUUUUACCAGUUCAUAUCUUUCACAUUUCCGUACUGUAUGUUCUAUACAUCGAUGAGAAGGUAGUUUGUCGUCACCUCCUGCUGCUACCGUGUGCGACCGACUGUCCUACCGCAACGUAUGUUCAGAAUCCGAAAGAGAAACUACUCAAACAUGGUGUUACGUGUUACUGAACUGGUAAAAUUAGGAUGCAAAGCAUUUUAACGAUUAGGUGAGUGGAGUAAGAUAAGUAUGUAAUGUUUCCUACACGCCAUGCAUCCCAUGCUGCCCACCUCCACAACGCGGUUUGCACUGGAUCCGUGUGGCUCAUGUCUUGUGUCGUGUGUUUUUGAACUCUGCGAACCGAUGAUCGGUACAACAUGACACGGUGUUUUGUAGUUUCGUUUUAUUCAUCUCAAGGAUCUUUAAAAGUGGACUUCACAGAAUUUAAGGCGCCCCCAACAAAAAGGUGAAAAGCUGAACACACCUGAACGCUUUUCCAUAGCUUCAUUAUGUCGAAUUCAUCCAGUUUGACAACGUUUCCCGUACUUUUUAACAGGAAAAAUAGUCUCAUUACACAACGUUUCUCUACGAGUGGCAUUUUUUCGGCCCGUCUUAGUGUUGUACAGCCACAACGUGUUGGUACAAUAACCAGUACAAAGUUACUGCAGUAAUUUUCAGUUUGUGUUGUCAGUGGUAUAAGUAACUGUUUGUUUGAAUGGGUGUGACGUUCUGAAGUUAUUAAGUAAUGAUUUCUGAUGCAGACAAAAGAAAUGUAUGAUGUACAAUGUUUAGUCAAAAGUAAACGAAUAUUUUCCAGCAGCGAGAAAUAAAAUCGUUAAAACGUGCUCGCACAGUUGUCGUGACUGCUAUACAACGGAGCAUUACAGCACUCAUCUUGUUGCUGAGGAGGCAAUCGCCCAUAUUCUGUUUGCUUGGAAAACCUCACACAUAGAAAACAACACAAAUUAAAUUCAACGGUUAAAUUCUGAUCGACUGAGCAGUACAAAACUAGAUAAUUGACAAUACCAAUAUAUAUUCUAGUGAUUACAUUCUGAUAGGUUACAUACAGUAUGAUUAGAAAAACUUCAGUCAUAGGAAAAAAACAUUUCACCUUAUUACAGUAGUUCUGUGCAAAUAUAGCUUUAAGUCAAAUUCUGUAAUUUAAAUAAGCAAAACAAAAUUUUUGCUU